GUGUGCAACACUGUUUAUGUUCCGGGUUUAGGGGCAACAGAAGGUGUGUUUAGCCUCCCACCUCAGCUACGCAACUACUACGACUAACUGUCGGUAGAAUGGAAUAUGUUUGCCUGUUUAAUCAUAUGCACGUUUCUAAAAUGUAGUUUAAAGUAGAAAAUGGACAUGGUCCCUUCGUUGAAAGUUCCUCAAAGCGGCGCCCAGCUGUACCGAAAACACCUGCAGAGGAAAGGUGCCUUGGACCCGAGAUAUAGCAUACAGAAGCAUUCGGACGGAACUGUCACCUUACCACUCUUGCCAUCCUCAUUGCAACAUAUUCAUUUAUCCACUCUUCUACCCAGUGUAGCCCAUGGUAGCACGUGUGGAAUUGUACAAAUCCAGGCCCCUCGGCUCUCCAAGAGGAAAAACUCAAAGUCAUUUAGUGAAAAACUUGAUGAGGUUCUACAGGACCAACUGUCAUCUCAUGGAGUGAGCUGGAAUGAGGAUCUAAAGAAUGACCUACCCCAAAGCUGGCAUUGCCAUGGUGAUUUGGUUCUUAUCGGAGAGGACUGCUUCACUCUGCCUGCUUGGAAGAAAAUGGGAUCAGAGUUGUGGCCUACAGUUGCACGUGAACUGGGUGCAAAGCGUCUAGCUCAAAUUAAACAGAUCUCAAAGGAUGGUUUUAGGACUCCACUGGUGACCCUGUUGCUGGGAGACAGCAGCUAUGUUACACACGUAGAUAACAAAAUAAGGUAUGAGUUUGACAUUACCAAGUGUAUGUUCUCAUUUGGAAACAUUACUGAGAAACUGAGGAUAGCUUCAUUCAACUGCAGUGGAGAAACAGUUGUGGAUCUGUAUGCAGGUAUCGGAUAUUUCACACUUCCCUACCUGGUGCAUGCAGAUGCCGCCCACGUCCAUGCGUGUGAAUGGAACCCAGAUGCAGUGGAAGCUCUGAAGAGGAAUCUGCAUUUAAACAAAGUGUCAGAGCGCUGCACUGUCCACCAGGGAGAUAACAGACAACUCCCUCUGGAGGACCUGGCCGACCGCGUGAAUCUGGGCUUCAUCCCCAGCUCCGAGUCGAGCUGGGCUGUGGCGUGCCGUCUGCUGAGGAGAGACACAGGUGGAGUCCUGCACAUCCACCAAAACGUCACCUCACCAGUGUGCAGCACGGAUACCAGGCUUCAAGACGCUACUGCCACAGAUAGAGAAAACGGAGCUGAGGUUGACGACGAGACGCAGGUUUCACAAGAUGCUCCCAGCGGGACCAACAGAGACAGAUUAGCUUGGAAGACUUGGGCAGAGGACACAGCCAGCCGCAUUGCUGAACUAUUGACAGCCUUGGCUCGAAGGUCAUGGAGGACUCAGAUUAAGCAUAUUGAGAAUGUGAAGUCCUAUGCCCCACAUAUUCAUCAUAUAGUGCUUGAUUUAGAAUGCAGACCCUUGUGACAAAUGCUGAAAAGUAUUCAGCAGCAAACUCACUAUUCAUCUGAUUCAUUAAGUUAUUACCGCUGUCAGAUGUGUUCUACACUUACAAAUACAAUAUUGUAUGUUUAUACUUUUUUAUUAAAUUAAAUUAAAUUAAAUUAAA